AGAGAAGAAUUAUUGUCUUUGAUUUGAUAUUUUUUUUAAAAAUCAAUCCUAAAAAAAAUCUUGCAAAAUCGUCCUGUUGAGGACCCUUUUUAUAUCAUCACCAUCUUCAUCUUCAUCUUCAUCUUCCAUAUCCAUGGCUUCCUCAGACACCUAUUUAUACGUUGUCUACGUCCUAUAAUUCCAAGCUCGCAUAAGCCCCUUAAAUCGGAUACAAAAACCCUUCUCUUUGAAAGAUCUCAUCUUUUUUGUGAAAGCAAAACCCAUCUCAAUCAACGGUUUCUUCUAUCUUUUUUCUGAGUUUGUAUUGAAAGGAAGAUCUGUUCUGGGUUUUGUUUUUUCGAUUCUUACUCUAAUAUUUUCAACUUCCUGACCUCGCGUUGCAGAUUCAAACUCAAUUUCUUUAUAUUCUGUUGCACAAAGGAGCUUCUAUUUCUUUGCCAAUGUGAGUUUUUUGGGAUAAUUUCUUUCUUUAUGAAAUCCUAAAAUACCCAUUUCAAGAUCAUUCAAUCUUGAGCUCCAAAGGCUUCAAAAUUGACCGUUUCAUGGUCUCUGUAUUUUAUUCUUUCACCGUUUGACAAAAGAAAGCCUUUCUUUUUUUCCCUUUAAACAAGCCAUCAAUCUCUAUCUCUGUUGGAUCUACCUCAAAAAUGUAUGGCACUCUAAGCAAGCGAGACCUUGCCUUGGAAUUCCAGUCUCAAAUCCCAAUCUUGAGGCCUAGCAUCCAUGCGAGGAGGGCCAAUAUCACAGUCAAAUUCCAAGACCUUUAUGGGUUUACUGUGGAGGGUAAUGUGGAUGAUGUUAAUGUGUUAAAUGAGAUAAGAGAGAAGGUGAGGGAACAGGGUCGCGUUUGGUGGGCUCUAGAGGCAAGCAAAGGCGCUAAUUGGUACCUUGAGCCGCGGAUUUCUUCGAUAUCUGAAGGAAUUGCAUUGAAAUCAUCCUUAAAGUUGUCAGCUCUGGCAAAUGCCAUCACAUUGAAGAGGCUGAUCAGGAAGGGGAUACCGCCUGUAUUGAGGCCUAAAGUUUGGUUCUCGCUUUCAGGUGCUGCCAAGAAAAAGUCUACGGUGCCGGAUAGCUAUUAUAACGAUUUGACAAAGGCGGUGGAAGGGAAGGUAACGCCGGCUACAAAGCAAAUUGAUCAGGACCUGCCACGAACAUUUCCUGGUCAUCCAUGGUUGGACACUCCAGAGGGUCAUGCUACACUUCGACGUGUUCUUGUUGGCUACUCUUUUCGAGAUUCUGAUGUUGGCUACUGUCAGGGGUUAAAUUAUGUUGCAGCACUUUUGUUGCUUGUGAUGAAAACGGAGGAAGACGCUUUCUGGAUGCUAUCUGUCUUACUUGAAAAUGUCUUGGUUAAUGAUUGUUACACAACUAACUUGUCAGGAUGCCAUGUUGAACAAAGGGUUUUCAAGGACUUGCUAGCUAAGAAAUGCCCGAGGAUAGCUGCGCAUCUGGAAGAACUAGAGUUUGAUGUCUCCCUUGUUUGCACUGAGUGGUUCUUGUGUCUCUUCUCUAAGAGCUUGCCUUCUGAGACAACUUUGCGGGUGUGGGAUGUUCUUUUCUUUGAAGGGGCGAAGGUUUUAUUCCACGUAGCUUUGGCUAUAUUUAAGAUGAAGGAAGAAGAGUUGCUUCUAACUCACCAGGUUGGUGAUGUAAUUAACAUAAUACAGAGGACCACUCAUCACCUCUUUGAUCCCGAUGAAUUGUUGACGGUGGCUUUUGAUAAGAUCGGUUCGAUGACUACUACCACGAUAUCAAAGCAAAGGAAAAAACAAGAACCAGCAGUCAUGGCGGAGCUUGAUCAGAGAUUGAGACGACUAAAUUCGCUCAAAAUGGAUGAUAAAAUGACAUUAAUGUAACAAGUUGAUCAAACUGUAAAUUAUCAAACAUCCUAGCAGGUGGCCUGUUGCCCUUCUGGAGAAAUAUAUCAAGUUCCUGCCUUCUCUCUUCAAGGACCAAUCUAAGAGUGUUGGUUUAUAUGAUGUUGUAGGUGGUAAAUGCAAAUUUUGAACCCUUACUGCAUAUUAUGUUAUAUGUCAAUUCAGGGCAGCAAUGGAUUCUCUUUGCCCCCUCAAGUGAGAUGUUAUCCAAAACUGUUUUAUCAAUUCACACCCCCGCCUUCAUCUCCUGGUUCGCCGUACUUCAUUGGUGAUUCUGUCGCGGGUUUGUAGAUCGAGUAUUUUUGGGAGGCGAAAUUGCAAGAACUGCGAGCACGUUUAUAGGCA